AUGUUACAAAAAUAUAUCCUUUUGCCCCUGCUGGCUACCUGCAGCGCGGCUGUGACUAUUUCUGUUGCGAAGUCGGGUGGUAACGCUACUACCAAUUUGCAAUAUGGAGCAAUGGAAGAGGAAAUCAACCAUUGCGGUGAAGGUGGCCUGUACGCAGAACUAGUUCGCAACCGAGCAUUCCAAGGCAGCUCAAAGUUCCCAUCAUCUCUGGAUGCUUGGACAGCUGUGGGUGGAUCGUCUUUGUCUCUGCAGAACCUCAGUGAUCCACUCUCCUCUGCUCUCCCCACCUCAGUGCGGGUCAAGGGAAGCAGCACUGCGGGACUCAGCAAUGCCGGUUUCUGGGGAAUCGACGUGCGACCUCAGAAAUAUUCGGGUUCCUUCUAUGUCAAGGGUUCCUACUCUGGCUCCUUUACCGCGUCACUCACCUCCUCAAGCGGAAAAACACUGGCUAGCACCACUGUGAAGUCCAAGAGUGUUGCUGGUAAAUGGGUGCAACAUGAGUUUACUAUUACGGCUAAGACUAAGGCAUCUGACACUAAGAACACCUUCUCGGUGUCAUUUGAUGGAUCGAAAGCAAAGGAUGGCUAUCUUGACUUCAACUUGAUCAGUCUAUUCCCACCGACCUGGAACGAUCGUCCCAAUGGCAUGCGACGCGACCUGAUGCAGGCCCUGAAGGACCUUGGCCCUAAAUUCCUCCGAUUUCCAGGUGGAAACAACCUGGAAGGAGAUACCAUCGCGGGCCGCUGGAAGUGGAAUGAGACCAUUGGUCCCCUCAAGGACCGCCCUGGCCGUGCCACAACUUGGCAAUAUGAAGAGACCAGUGGAUUUGGUCUAGUUGAGUAUAUGGAAUGGUGUGAUGACCUCGGAAUGGAGCCCAUCCUUGCCGUCUGGGCCGGUCUGGCUCUCAAUGGAGAACUAGUCCCCGAGGAUGAGCUUGACUUCUACGUACAAGAUGCCUUGAACGAGCUCGAAUUCCUGACUGGAUCGGUGGACACAAAAUACGGUGCUCUGCGUGCUAAGUAUGGACACCCCGAGCCAUGGACGAUCAAAUACGUCGAGGUCGGAAACGAGGACAAUCUCAACAGCGGACUGGAAUCUUACAAGUCCUACCGAUUUGCCGCCUUCUACGAUGCCAUUACGGAGAAGUAUCCCGAUAUCCAAGUUCUAGCUUCGACCAUCGACAUGACUCUCGAGGGCAAGGCUGGUGGUGAUUACCACUUGUACGAUAUCCCUGACAACUUCGUCACCAAGUUCGACAUGUUCGACAGCUACAGCCCCGACCAUCCUAUUCUUCUUGGUGAGAUUGCCGCCACGGAGUUCAACAACGGCGGCAAGGGUAUUGACUGGAGUGACACCAACUUCUCUUUGUACCCAUGGUGGAUUGCCUCUGUCUCUGAGGCGGUUUUCCUUUUGGGAGCUGAGCGAAACGCAGACAAGAUUAUCGGAACAACCUAUGCUCCAUUCCUGAUGAACCUGGAUGCCUACCAAUGGUCCCCGACUAUGCUCUCCUUCAAUGCCAACCCUGAUGACACCGCCAAGUCAACCAGCUUCCAUCUUUUUAACAAGAACCACAUGACAAACACACUCCCAGCCACCUCCGAGGAUGCCUUUGGCCCCCUGUACUACGCCACCGGUCUAGACAGCAAAAGCAACUCGCGCAUCUUCAAGGCUGCUGUUUACAACAGCACCGAGGAUGUUCCAGUGUCACUGACCUUCUCAGGAGUCGGACGGGGUACCAAGGCGGAUUUGACGAUCCUGACCGCACCCAACGCUUUCUCCAUGAACGAAGUUGGUGGCGCGAACAUCGUCAACAGCAAGACGACCACUAUCAAGGCCGGCAAGAAGGGAGAAUUCAGCUUCAAUCUGCCUAACCUUAGCGUGGCAGUUCUCACUACCAAUUAA